GUCGCCCCGGCGACGGGGCAGAGCGGCCCGGCCGGGAGAGGCGGCGGGCGGAGCGGGGGGCUCGCCGGGGAUCGCCCGGUGGCACCGCCCGCAGCGCCGCGGAUCUAUGUCAGAAUGACCAUGUUCUUGUGUCUCUUAUACUUCAUAUCUGGAUCUCAAAGUAGCUGUAGUUUGGGGGAGGACCAGUGAAUAUCCUGCUCCGUUAUGAGAAGCACUCACCAACAUAAAGCAAUCUGGAAGAAGAUUUCUCUUAAGAAAAUCAAAGAGCAUAGAAUCCUUUAAUAAAGCAGAAGACACUGAGAAUUUCAUAAGCUUUUGGCUAUCCGAGUCUUAAAAGAAAUGAACCGUUACACAAUUAUGAAACAACUAGGUGAUGGCACCUAUGGCAGUGUGUUGAUGGGGAAGAGCAACGAGUCAGGAGAACUUGUGGCUAUCAAAAGAAUGAAAAGAAAGUUCUAUUCAUGGGAUGAAUGUAUGAAUUUGAGAGAAGUCAAGUCUCUGAAGAAGCUAAACCAUGCCAAUGUAAUAAAAUUGAAAGAAGUCAUACGAGAAAAUGACCACCUUUACUUUGUAUUUGAAUAUAUGAAGGAAAAUCUCUAUCAGUUAAUGAAGGAUAGAAACAAGUUGUUCCCUGAGUCAGUCAUCAGAAACAUGAUGUAUCAGAUAUUACAAGGGCUGGCUUUUAUCCACAAACAUGGAUUUUUUCAUAGAGAUAUGAAGCCUGAAAACCUUCUCUGUAUUGGGCCAGAACUUGUGAAAAUAGCGGACUUUGGUUUGGCUAGAGAACUAAGAUCUCAGCCACCUUACACAGAUUAUGUUUCUACCAGGUGGUACCGUGCUCCUGAAGUUUUGCUGAGAUCAUCUAUCUAUAGCUCACCUAUUGAUAUGUGGGCAGUUGGCAGCAUAAUGGCUGAAUUAUACACACUAAGACCUCUUUUCCCAGGCACAAGUGAAGUAGACGAAAUCUUCAAAAUUUGCCAAGUACUGGGGACUCCAAAGAAGAGUGACUGGCCAGAAGGAUACCACCUUGCUUCUGCCAUGAAUUUCCGUUUCCCACAAUGUGUCCCUAUAAGCCUAAAAACUCUCAUCCCAAAUGCAAGCAAUGAAGCAAUACAGCUUAUGAGUGACAUGCUAAACUGGAAUCCAAAGAAGAGGCCUACAGCAAGUCAGGCUUUGAAGUAUCCUUACUUUCAAGUUGGCCAAAUUUUAGGACCUCCUCCACAGUAUCUGGAGAAGCAGACUCCUAUUAAACCGGUUCAGCCAACAGAGCCAAAGCCAGCUUUUCCUAAACUGGAAGCUAUAUCCAAGCCAGAACCUCUGUCUUCACCUGAUUUACCUGACAAAACAGAGCCACAGCCCCUGCCAAAGGUUAACCACCAGCCUCUCCAGCAAAUUCAGUUGCCUCAGAAUACAACUAACCAGCAAGUACCAAAGCAGCAGCAGCCACAGGCACAACCAUUUUUUCCAAUUAUCAAUAAAAAUUCAUCACCUAAACAAGCAGCUAGUGGCCCUCUGAAUGUUGCACUAGGUCCUAAAAGCUGCAGAAGACGAUGGGGUCAGACUUUGGUAAAGGCUAUGGAUAGCUGGGAUGACUUGGAUGACCCUGAAUUUGGAAUGUCAUGUUCAAAGAAGCCUAGCAUUGCAUUGUUAAAAGAAAAGAAAAACAAGGAAUUUAUUUUUAGUGUGCCAGAACCAAAGCCUUCAUGCUAUAUCCAGCCAGGAGCGGAAAAUAAGGUUCUGAUGAGAAAUGAUUCUGGAAGAUCAAAUACAUCAGCAAAACAGUACUAUCUAAGACAAUCAAGAUAUCUACCUGGAUGCCCAGAGGCUCAAGAGUUUAAGUCCAAAAGAAAAGAAAAAGAAAAAUAUAAAGGGCGAGGAGCUUCCCUAUCUAAAGGUGUAAACCCAAAGAGUGUCUCUUUAGCAGCAGUCAAUAGAGAAGGAUCACAAGGAACCUGGAACAACCAGUUGUUUUCUAAAUCGCUGGCACAUACUGGAGGAGGAUUGACUUUCAGGAGAAAUACUACAGAUGAGAACUUAAUUAUACCUAUUGAAAAGCUAUCAUGCAAAGAAAGGUUUAAUGAAAAAUUAGAAGAUCCAAAAGGAAAUCCUGGCUUUGUAAGUAGUGCUGCUUACAACCCAUCAGGAAUAUACACCCCGUCCUUCCAUAAAAAAGAAGUUGGCUCAGCUGGACAACGGAUACAGCUAGCACCUCUUGGUGCACCUGUAUCAGAUUUUUCCUGGAAAACCAAAGCUGCUCGUGCUCCAUUACCAGGUCCUACCUUCAAUUCACCAGCAAAAAACAUGAGUAUCUUAACUUACCCACCAACAAUUCAGCGAGUACAUGGAAGAACAGACUGGGUAGCCAAAUAUGGAGGAAACAGAUAGAAAAUGCCAUCCGCUACAACAGAUACUACGUGCGCUGUGUUCGGUUCUCCUGCACUUGGAAACCUGAAAUGCCUAUUUGCUCUAACUUUUCUUAAGACUAUGCAAUAGUAAAGAAGAAAAAAAGACCCUGUGUUCUAUUACCUGUUAUAGUACACAUAUAAUACCAUGUAAAACACUGGCUAUAAAGUAGGAUGUAAUGAAGUAUUGUAUAACGCAUAUUGCCAAAACUACUAGAAGUAGAUUUCAUUUGACAUUUUUCUAUAGAUGAUAUCCUAUCCCUGUGCUCUUAAACACAACUGUUACGGUUAUUCAUCCAGUGCAACAUCCACUGUUGGGAUAUGCUUGAAGCACACAAGCAGUUAGAAGUAGGGCUGAAGCAGAGCAGCACCAGGCUUCCAGGUGUUAGGCUGGUUCCUCAGCAGGAAGAUGAGAGUGAAGCACAGCUCCGGCUUUGUGAGGAAUACCAAACUCUCCUACAAGGAUUUCAGAACUCACUUGUAACUAAGAAUUACUCAGGGUCUGUAAGCUGCAAAUAUUCAUGUAGCAAUGAGAGCUUAAAUCCUUGUAGUGAGACACAAGCAAUCCACUUAUAGAUACUACACAAGAAAACUCUAAAAACUUGGCUGAUACAUGGCUGUAGAAAGAUAUAGCAAUACUGGAAAAUAGCUAAACAAGUACUGAAUGCUAGACUCAAGCUGUGAAGUGAAGCCUAACAAUUAGAUUCUGCUGUUAUAAUUAACUUAAUGCCAUUUUUGGUCAAAGACCUGUAGAGAUUUUCCUCUGUCCUGUCAAGGGAGUGUCACAGUGACCUUUAAGAAGCCUGAAUCACUGUGGUCUGUCAGUCAUUUUAAGGGUGAAUAAUAAAACAAUAAAAUGCAUAAAAUAAUAAAAUGCAUAAAUUAUCAAUAAACUCCUGUUUCUUUAUAUCUUUAUUGGGUGAUCAAACUUAAACUACAGAAGUUGAAUAAGCUACAUGAGGGGCUACAUAUUGGGCUGUUCUUUAAAAAUAUUGUUUUCUGGUUUAGAUCUUAAAGGCCAACUUAGGUACCUAAAAACACACAGCAACUUUAAUAAUUCAUUGUGUCGCUGUUUAUUUGCUCAUUCAGUACUUUCCUCAGUCUUUAUGGUAAGUUUUAUAAUAAUAUCGUGCAAAGGACUUUGCAAUGUACAAUGAACUGUUUUUUUAGUAUGUUGAACUAGGCUACUUCUGUUAACAAUUGCAUUUAGAAUAGAUGCUUUAGACUUAAUAGUUACAUUAAACCUGCCAUUUUAAAGUAUAAACAGAGUAUGUUCUUUAAGGAUUUAAAGCUGUUAAUGAUUACUUUAAGCAUUGUAAAAAAAAGAAAUGUAUUUGUAGGCUUUUAUAAUGGAUAUUAAAAUUUAAAUUUCUGUUGUUGACCCAAUCUUUCAUAAUAUAUAGGUUACAUUAAUUUCCUGGAAAGCAAUUUAAUCUAAAACAGUUUUACCAAAAAGUCAAAUAUUUUGUUAUUAAAAUUGCACCUAAAGAAAAUGCCACUUUAAUACUGUAAGAGCUAUACAGGGAUAGGGAUAUAUGGUUAGUAAUGCACUAGAGAGUUUAAUUCAAUUGCCAUUGGUCUAGGAUUAAAUAUUUGUCAUUCCAUUAGUACUAACAGAUGUCCCUAUGCUAUUUAAAUGUGUCUUAAUUUAUUGGUAGAAUAUAUGUAACUUGUCAUGGCAAUGAAGGACAACCUCAGACUGUUUGUAACAGACAUUAAAGCAAUGGGUUUAUAAUUAAAAAACAAGAUAAAUUAAUCACUUGUCUCUAGUACAAGAUGCCAAUGACUUAGUUAAAAACACGGCCUGGUCAAGGAAUUAACUAGUAAUGCAUCCAAAGCUCACAUGUCCAUAGCUCACAUGUCCGUAAGUCACCUAGAGCAGAAAAAUAAACAGGUACUAUUUCUGGCACUAAAUAUGGCUAGAAGAAACAUGCUGUCCCUUACCAUAUGCUAAUGAACCUUGAAAGGGCUUUGACAUAACUAAACCAGCCUUUACUUGUUCAUAAUCAAAGCAUGACCAGUGUUAAAAAAUUCUUCUUGCAAACAGCAAGAAAAGGCUAAUGAGCUCUGUACAGUCAUUUUCAUUCUGAUUCAUUGACACAUAUUGGAUUGUUAGAGCAGAAAUGCCAUCUAAUGCUUAAAAAAUUUAGUAUGCUGAAAAAGUUUCAAGGGGAUAAAGAGUAUGUAAGACUAAAGCUUUUCUCUUGUCCCUUUGUCUGUAUUACUGCUGUUUCUCCUGAACAUGAAAAGUGGUAACACGUUCUACCAGCAGUUCUCAGUUCAAGCUACUGCUUUCCAAAGCUCAUGGAACAGCAGCUUAACACUUUGGUCUAAGAGUUUAAAAGCUUUGAAGUCCAAUUCCCUGUUUUCUAUUUUCUUUAUUCCAUCAGAGACAACUGCAGCUCAAAUUUGCAAGUUACCUGAUUUGAGACCAGCAUUAUACAAUUAGAAAACUGCUGGAUCAUGGAUGUUCUCACUUCAUUGCAGGAGAUGCAUUUAUGUGUGCAUCUUACUUCUACAGAAGAAAAUUGAUUCAACAGCAAUAUGAAGAGGCAAAAAAAAUAUUAAGUAGUUUAAAGAGAAGUGUCUUAAAUGCUAAUGCCUGGCUUACUAACUUUUUCAAGUUAGAGCAAAGACACUGAGACAUGUGCCCACCAAUGGUGAGUCCAUGGGCUGGGAUUAGGCACUUAAAAGGACAUAUAAACAAACCAUCUUCUGUUUCUAUGCAGGGAGGCAAGAGGGAAAUGUAAAUACAGGAGAACACCUGAAGCUGAACUCUGCAGGAUGAUGAAUAAGGGUUUUAAGAAGAUGCUCUGAGUACAGUUCCCCCUCAAGAUCUCACUGCCUGUGCUCAAGCCAGCUCUGACCCAAGUUGUUUGGCCUGGGAACAGGCUGCUGAGACCCUUGCUGGAGCUGCACCCAUUCCUGGCCAUGUCUCUGAGGAUCUGGAACCCAAUCUCAUUGACCUGGCAUCCUGGCUUGAUCUCAGCCUUGCCUCAUCACUGUGAGUUGCCUGGCAAACUGCACUGCUGGCAGAGCCUGGCUAUGGCUAUGGCCACUGGCCCAGCUCUGCACCUCCUGCUCAGGCAGCACAGGGUCACUGACCUGCCUGUUUUGCUGCAGCAAGGAACAAGGAAAGGAAAACUACAGGAUGUGACCCUCCUGCAAAGUUACUAGCCUGAUACUUAGAGAAUUCUAAGCAACUCCAGGGCCUCACCAUCUAAUGAAUCAACCCUGCUGCUUCCAUCUCUCUCAGUACCAGGCACCAAAGAAAGGUUGAGGAAAUAAAGCUCAGGAUCUGUGCAGAAAGGGAUAUCAGUUAAAUGAAACCAGAAAAGGGAUACAUUACCAACCAUGUGUAGCUUCCAGGAUUAUUUCUCUAUGGCAGGUUUAUAUCUGGAACAAUUUCAGGCAUCAAGGGAAUCAACUGAGGACAAAGACUGAUCAAAUGAACCCUUCAGUCUUUAAAGAAACUUUCAUACAGAAUUUUCUAAAUCUAAAAUAGACGAUUCUCUCGGAAAACAAAAACCAAACAACCUUUAAUACAAUAGUUGUCUGAAUAUUUGGUCUGUAUGCUUUUGUUCUCUACACCUCCCCCCAGUUCAGAUUUUUAUAUUUACAAGUUACUAGAUUCAGAGAAUAGAAUAGAAAUUAUGUAUACAAUUCAUGUUUGCAAAUAUACCCAGACACCUUGCAAGAAAGGCACCAAACUAUCAAUCCAGAUGAAUGACUAAAGACAAAAAAAGUUGUGUAGAACACAAAGGUUUGUAAUAAUAAUUUGUUAGUUUAUUUAAAAUAACACUUUAAUAAAAGCUAUGCCUGCAAUUCAGCAUUG